CUUGAACCGACAAUCAACAUCUGGAGAGUCAGUAACACCAAAAAUGCACAAGUGUGAGGUUUAGAAUUUUUUGUCAUGACAUUUAUCUUUUGUGGAAGUCUUUUAAUUCAGGUUGACUGAUACAUCAAUGACACGAUGCAUUAAUUCGAGGAAUUUGAGUUAAUUCCAUGGAUAUAAAAACGUCAGGGGAGACUGACAGGUUGACAGGGGUUAAUAUGGAUGCAGGGAGUGAAGAGAAAAACUCAUUUUGGUCCAGAAGGGAGAGAAAACGUUGGUUCAUCUCACUAUUAUGUGGCACAUGUUUACUUUACGCAACGAGGACAUCAGUGCCUCUGCUGAUGCCCGUAAUAAGUAAAGAGAGAAAAUUAAGUAAAGCAGACUCUGGUAUAAUUCUCUCGAGCUUCUUCUGGGGCUACACCCUGACCCAGGUGGCAAGUGGAUACAUCAGCGACAGAAUUGGAGGGCAGAAGAUUAUGUGGAUUGCAGCCCUUGGCUGGUCCUUCACUACAUUUACCCUUCCAAAUGUCAUCGAGGAGUUUUCCAGUGGUGAUCACUACGUCGAGAUCAUAGCAAUGGCCAGAACAAUAACUGGGGCCUUCCAGGGUAUGCAUUUCCCCAGUGUAAUAAGUCUUACGAGUCAGCACCUCGAUGAGUCAGAGAGGGCCUCAUUUUUUGGAUUACUCACGUCAGGAUCAGCCCUUGGAACACUCCUCACUGGAUCUCUUGGCUCUUAUUUGCUGGUGAAAUUCAGCUGGGCUGUGGUCUUUCAAGUAUUAGGUAGUCUAGGUUUACUUUGGACGUUAUUACUUUAUUAUCAAACACUUAAUGCUCAAAGGAGGAGAACAACAUCGAGAAAUUCAAGAGAAUCCAGCAAGAGUCUACCCUGGAGAGAGCUCUGGUCGAAAUCGCCUUUCUGGUCUUGUGUAUUCGCUCAUGCCUGUCAGAAUAAUUGUUUCUUCGUUUUACUCUCGUGGAUGCCAACGUACUUUCAUGAUACCUUUCCAGACGUGCCAAGUUGGGUGAUGAAUAUGGUACCCUGGCUUUCUUUAUUUCCCUGCACUUUCCUGGGGAAAAUACUCUCCGAGAGGUUAAUUACUGCUGGGUACACAGUCACAGCGACGAGAAAAAUCGUGGAAACUAUUUGUUUUGUAACUCAAGCCGUUAAUUUACUUAUAUUAGCAACAGUUGAAACAUUCCAAAGUGCAAUGCUCUGUCUAAUGUUUAUAAUCGGUGGCACGGGGUUUCAUAAUACAGCAAUUGCUGUGAAUCCAUCAGACUUGGCGCCGAAGCACUCAGGGAGUGUCUUUGGUCUCAUGAACUCAGUCGGCGCAGUUCCGGGAUUCUUAGGCGUUUACCUAGCUGGUUACAUCCUCCAUAUGACCCACAGCUGGGCCGCAGUAUUUGUUUUAACAGCCUUUAUCGACAUUCUGGGCUGCGCCGUUUAUCUAACAUUUGGUUCCGGCCAGGCGAUUAUAUGAGAGUACGCGUGACGAUGUCAAAAAAUUUUGUACAUACUUAACUUAAUUGAAUAAAUUUGUAAAUUAGUAAA